CAGACUGUCUCGAGUAAUCCGCGACAUUCACAGCGGAAAUUGUCUUGCGAGAGGCCCUACUUAAACUCUCUUCGCUCGCAAACCUUUCAAUACGCGGUAUUUGUUCACUUUCCAACAGCGCGGCUUGGGUAAUUCGACGUGAUGUAUAGUCAACUCGCUGAGUAUCUCAGCGACGGCGCCAGCAAACUUACGCGGAUAUCUACCACCCUGACAAUUGCAUUGUUACUAGGCACCCCCAUUAUCAUCGCCUUGUGGCUUCAAAAUGUCUCCUCAACUCCCAAAGAGCUUCGAAAUCUACGAAGGGAAGGCGUCUCAUCGAGCAACAUGAAAGACCAAACAGACUCCAAAUACGAUCUCCCAGAGGGCGCCACAACCGAUGGCCCAAUACGUAUCAAGGCCAUUCUCGUCCAUCCCAUCAAAUCGUGCGCACCCGUCGAAUUGAACUGCGCCCAACUCCUGAAAAGUGGUUUCCGUUGGGACCGAUGCUUUGCUCUAGCGACAGAAGUCACCAGACCAGAAGCAGAAGGGGGAUCGAUGUGGCGCUUCAUCAGCCAGCGCACCAAGCCGCUCAUGUCCCAGAUCAAGACUGAGUUAUGGUUUAGGCACGAAGAUAGCGACGCGAGGGAUCCAUUGGUCAGGUCCGUAGGGUGUGUCGUCUUCAAAUUCCCAGACCCAGAUCCUCUCAAUUGGCUUGAUCAGCUUAAGCUGGCGCUCUUUUCUCAUCGAAAGGAAGUCUCUGCAAUUGUGCCGCUAUGUCCUGAAGAUGAGUUUCAAAAGGAGCAUGGAAUAACGAUGAAGACUUUUACUAUUCAUUCCAGAGAGGCAAAGGGUCUGAAUAUGGGCAAAGCACCAACAGUAGCCGCUGUGCUGCCCAAGCUCAAGCGCUUCCUUAACAUCCCAGAGCAUCAAAACCUUACUCUAUUACGGUGUACUCCAAAAACCCUUGUGCGCACUGAUGAGAACCUUGCACCGCUAGGAUACAUUGGAAGACCAUCUGUUCACGGUUACACGGAUCAACAGCCCGUCAACGUUAAUAGCUUGGCAUCCGUUCACGCAGUAUCAGCACUUCUACCCGCGGAAAACCAGCCACUCAACGCACUUCGUUUCCGCGCAAACAUCUGGAUCACAGGUGCUCCUGCGUUCGAUGAAGAAACCUGGAAACGCUAUCGCGUCGUACCGAAGAGAGAAGCUGCUGUUGAGAAUGUGUCGCCAACGUUAUCUGUCGUCUGCCGAACAUCCCGCUGCACAAUGCCUAAUGUGAAUCCUCUGACAGGGAGAUUCGACACGGAUAUCCCAGAUGGAGGUAAGAAGAGAGGGAGAGCACAGCCAAGUACAACAUUGGUCAAAUACCGCAUAGUCGAGGAUGGGAACCCCAAGGCUCUCGGCUAUAUUGGCAUGCAUUGUGUCCCAGAGGAUUCCAGUUUACAUGAGGCUGCGGAGAAGACCGAGGGGCUAUAUGUUCAAGUUGGGGAUGAGAUAGAGGUUCUUGAGCGAGGGACACACCUCUACGGAUCGACGGGAAAUGAUUAUUAGUCUAGGUUCGGAAGCGGUUUACCCCGGCGAGCGCUCUAAGAUAGAUAGGAUAUUUCAUCCUAAGACGCAUAUAAGAACCACAAAAUUAUGACUUUCCAG